AUGCUGCCGAAGGAGUUGGAUACCAAAAUUUUGCAUGCUAAUCAAGAGCAGGACCUCAACAUGCUGCCCAAUGAGUUGCAUCCGAUGGAAAGUGGCUUCCUUGCACCAGCUGAAUACAUCACGCUAGCACAGACCUGUUUACAUAACCGGAGUCGGAGCCUACUUAGGGCAUGGCGUUGUGGCUUGCAGAAAUGGGAAGAGAGAGGCGCCUCUGCACCGUCUGUAAGGCCACAGCGUGAUCUUCUAGGACCUCGUUUUUCUGAGAUUUCAAACUGUAACGACCAUCAGGGAACAAGAUCUUUUGUCUUUGUCUUGAGGAAAACAUGACAGACCACGACCGGCAGAACUUCAAGUACUUCGCUCUUCUAAGCUCAGCUGCAACUUUUCGUGAGGAGUAUCCCGCAGCACUCCGUCAGAUACUCUAUCGUUAAGACUACAGUUGUGUGAGUACUAACGUAGUAAGUAAGGGAAACGGAAGUCUCAAAUUUUUGUUGAAGUACUUCUUCUAUUGCUUCCGUCUAGUAUCUACGAUAAUAUCACACAUUGAAAUGAAUUAUACGAAUACGAAUAGAUACAACUAAAUUGUUUUCGUCUAGAGAAACACAUGGAGGAGGUAAAGGAUCAGGGAUUUUAUUGCGUGCUAACAUCAUUAUAAAUAUGUAUAAAAAUAUGAAUAGAACUACGCUAAUGCCAGAUGGAGCGAUUUGCGCGAACCAUUCAGACUACUCUUUGUCGUUUCUCAACCGGCCGGUGUACAUCGGUGCUUGUGGGGUGCAACUGUCUCCCCAGAAGAUUCUUCGGGAAAUCUGAAAGAACGAAAGCUGCUCAAUUUUCAUCUGCCUCUAUUCGCGAAGGAAUAUUAAAGGCACUAACGAAGAACCUGAUAAAAGCAUUUUGCAUUGCCUAU